AUGGCGCUCAAGAACAUCCUUCCGCUACACAAGAAGGAUUCGCCCCCAGCGUCUCACAAGCCAAAAACCUUACCAAAAGAUGGUGCUCCUCCAGGUCAUCCCACAAGAUCGGGUUUCCUGCCCAACCGGUGGCGCAAUGAACUUGUUGCCGCUGCAGCAGAGUUUGCAGGCACAUUUAUGUUCCUGUUCUUCGCGUUUGGAGGAACGAGUGUAGCCAACACAGCAGCGACAUACAGCAAUCGAACAACCUCUGGGCAAAACAACAACAGCAUCACACAGGCGCCGGACACCAGUGUGCUGCUAUACAUCAGUCUAAUCUUUGGCUUUAGCCUGAUGGUCAAUGUGUGGGUAUUCUUCAGAGUGAGUGGAGGAUUGUUCAACCCUGCUGUGACACUCGGACUCUACCUCAUCGGAGCUAUUCCAGCCGUUCGCGCAUGCCUCUGUUUCCUGUCCCAAAUGCUCGCUGGUAUGGCCGCCGCCGGUGUAAUCCAAGCCAUCAUUCCGGGUCCUCUCAAUGUCUCCACGACGCUUGGUGCAGGCGUCUCUGCCGCUCGUGGUGUCUUCCUCGAGAUGUUUCUCACAUCACUCCUUGUCUUCACAAUCUUCAUGCUCGCGGCUGAGAAGCACAAGGCUACAUACUUGGCACCGAUUGGCAUCGGUCUCGCGCUUUUCGUGGCAGAGAUGGUUGGUGUGUUUUUCACAGGUGGCAGUCUGAAUCCCGCGAGGAGUUUCGGGCCUUGCGUCGUCACACAUAACUUCCCAGGCUAUCAUUACAUUUACUGGUUCGGACCGCUGAUGGGUACUUUGCUCGCUUUCGGCAUGUACCGCAUCGUCAAGUUGGUGGAGUACCAGACCGUCAACCCAGGCCAGGACUUUGACGACCACGAGGCUGCGCUGUUCCAGCCACCGGAGGACCCGGAGACGGCCUCUCAGGUUGAGCGUCCGAAUGUUGCGGCGCUUGCCAUGGCGGAUGCAAUGAACCUGGCAAGCAGGACCAACUCUGGGUUCAGCGAAGGCCCGCAGAGUUCACACGGCAUAGACGAGAGGUUGGAUAGCAGAGAUUCUGAGAACGGGAAGUCUUCAUUGUCAAGGUCUCCUCGGCAAGAGCAGGAGUUGCUGGAAAAGACAGGUCAUGCACCAGCAGCCAACGGUGAACAUCAUAAUUGUUAG